AAACAAUUAAUGCAUACUAUUGUCAAUCAUUAACUAGAAGAUAUAAAAAGGCGUCUCACAGUUUAACAAAAUUAAGUAAAGCAUACUCUAGCAGAAGGAUUGUCGAUCAUUUUGAUUGCUGCUCCACUACAUAGGUGCUAAAAAGUGAGGAUGAGCCCACGCACAAGCCACCUCGGUUUCGUUCUGCUCCUCGCAGCGCUUGGCGGCGCAAGCUCCUCAGAUCUCGCGGACGAAGCAUUUACCAAACUGAGACAAACCUUCGACGCUAUGAGCCAGGCCUUGGGGGCUCUCUCCAGACAAGUGAUGCUUCAGCAGUUUGAGGUUCAAGAAAAAAUCCGCUCAGAUGCAGACUCCGGUGUGAAGCAAAUCCGUGAUUUUAACACGGGAACGCGUAAUUAUCACACCGCUACGCACACGCGAACUGGGAGCGUGCUCGCGAUUCAUGAUCACUCUAACAAUGAUCGCACCGUUGGAAUGGGGGAGUUCGUGGGAGUGCUGAAUGGAGUUGAGUUCCGCACAAGACACAAUGACUACAGACUUUACAUGCCGCACAGGACAAGCAAGGAGUGGCAUGCUACUGAGAAUAUCCCCUUCCCCCAAGUUCCACCAUCAGUUCUUAACAAACCCACCAUCUCUGAGCAAAUCGAAGAAAUGAAAGAAUGGUUCAAAGCGUGGCGUGACCAAAAUCACACCGUGCGUGACUACCGUGACUACUUUAAGCCGGUCCUGUGCUACCUCGAGGGGGCCUGGACAACGAACACCGAAAACAUCGAAGAGCCAUUUGAGAGCGAUCGCCACUUUGUCGACGCCUCAAGUUGGUUUGAUCUACAAGAAAAAAUCCGAUUUACCUCAUACACAGGACGCAAGGAUAACUUGGAGAACUUCUCUUUUCUGCCGACAGCCAUCAUCAAUGUGACCAAGGAUGGAAGACCGAUCUUUGCGCAAUGGAAUUACCGCAUUCUUUGCCAUCCGGUAUCUCGUGAUAUCCCCCUGAACAGGUUCCGCGUGGUGGACGACCUUGGAGUGCGGCUCACAGUAAAGCGUUCGUAUGAACAUCACGGAAAAACCAGGUCUGCAAGAUUCCAGUUAAACCCGUUUGACAAGGACUGGCAGGAAACUGAAGACAAGAUCAACCAAGAACGUUGGGGACUCCUUGAUGAAAUUAUGUCCGAGAUCCCAGGCAAAGAUAACUACGCCGGGAGCCUAACUGACGAGGCGUUUGACAUUGAAGCCCUCAGCAUGCAUCCAGAAAAAAACGGAGAGAAACUGGACGUUUCCAGAUAUCACCGAUGGUUCAAAGUCGGAAGGCGUGGCGCUAUGGGCACCUCGAUACGAUCACGGGGAUUUAGUGAUGAUACCUUGUACAUGGCGAUGACGUCACAGCCAAAGGUCGCAGGGAUGAAUCUAGCCCAUCAAUGCUGGACCAGAUGGAAUGGACAGAAGAUGUGCAAACACUACUAUAAACAAAAAUGGACGUACGCCAUUCCCCUGGAAAUCAUCUUUUUGACCCCCCUGCACCGAUGGAACCCGUAUGACAUCCAAUACAAGGGCGAUGCCAAGACUGACUGGGGAAAAACGGUCGUGGACGGGGGACGUAACGGAGACAAGACCCCUGAGAAGGCGUAUAACGGUAGCAACAGCAGAGUUUACUAUCAGACGCCUGUUGAGAUGUUCCAGGGUGGAGAGGUCGGUAGUGGGGCUGCUGACACUACUAAAAGCUCUGUUGGAGUUCUGGAUAAGACAGGCAAAGUACGUAAUUGUGUGGCUAGUGGCACGCGUGUAUUCUUUCCUUACAUGCCAGGGGUAGGAUUCCUACGACAGCGGUACCCCAUCUUUCCGGUCCACGGCGAGGGUAGCUUGGCGAUGAAAGAGUUAGAAGCUGUAAAAGAUCUCCUGCUCAAGUCUGGGACGUACGGUUACGCUUUCCGCGAGACCCUGGGAACGGGUACAACGCCUCCCCCUGAACCUGAACAAGGAGUUACACUACAGAUGAAAACAAGCAGGAGUAAUUCAGUACCCUGGCACGAGCACACGGUCACACUGGAACCACACGAGGUGGAGUUUCUGAAAAAUAGCAGAGGUAGUACAUUAAUAAAAACAACCACAGAAUCAGCCGGUCACAUGCACGAGGUCAAGAUAAUGUUUAACACAUGGAACAACAUCAACCGCUGGGAGAUGACGCAAUGUGAUUCGGUAAAUGAUCCAGCAUGGAACAAGUGCAAUGAUCAGCAUCCUUCCGACUUUGUGGUUAUACCAGAGGGGAUUUUGUAAUUAUCCCCGGUCGUACUUUACGGUAGACUAGGGAGCAGUAAUCAAAGACAGGGCUUUAGUCAUCAUGUAUUAAACAGGGGCUGUGUUAGGCAUGAAUUAAUUGUCCAAUCAGAGGAGAUUUUGGUAAUAAGCUUUACCGGGAUUUUAGUCACAUUAAAUGGGAAGUAGUGGCAUAUACCUGGGCUUUUAGUCGCAUUGAAUGGGAAGUAGUGGUAUUUAUCCAAAACCGGGCUUUUAGUCGCAUUGAAUGGGAAGUAGUGGUAUAUAUCCAAAACCGGGCUUUUAGUCGCAUUGAAUGGGAAGUAGUGGCAUAUACCUGGGCUUUUAGUCACAUUGAAUGGGAAGUAGUGGUAUAUAUCCAAAACCGGGCUUUUAGUCGCAUUGAAUGGGAAGUAGUGGUAUAUAUCCAAUACGGGGUUGGUACUUACACUAAAUUGGCAGGCACAAUUCUCAAAACUGAGAGUAAUUCAGUAAGCAGAAAGUAAUUGCUAAGCAAAAUAGUGUGUAGCAUUAUAAGGGUGAUUGUGUUUAAAAAAAAUUACUUCAUACAGCUGGGUAUUUUGUAAGAGAGCUCGACUCUUCUUGUAGUUUAUGGGAAUAAAACCAAACUAAAAAUUUAA